AUGGCAUCAUUGGCAACCCACUUCACCACAUUCCUGUUCCUCUGCCCGUUGGGCAUUCGCCGCCUCCUCUGCACUUCCUCUCUCUACCUCAAUAACCCAUCUCUCUACAGAUCAAGAACAUGGUAUUUCUCAGACCCCAAAUGGAAAAACUUUGACUUUUUCACCCUCCUCAUUGCCCUACCCAUUGCCUCAUUCGCUGACUUCUUCUUCUUUCUCACCUUUUCCGGCCACCCAAUCUAUCGAUUCGGUUUCUUGCAACAAUCAGAAGUGGUUUCCGUCUUCUGGGUACUUAUCAUUCUCAUUCUUGUCCGAGAAUAUUACGACCCUCUUGCCAUUCCUGAGAAUUUCAUCUUCAUAUUUGCUGGGAUUUCAUUUCUUGUCGAGUAUUUGAUGAUCGGUAGAGGAAUCACAGGUCUUGGCGGUGUCGUCUAUGAAUUGUUAGGCGAAUUGACCCUUGUUUGUGCCACUUGCUGUUUGUAUCUGUCAAUUAGGCCAUCUGCUUUUUUCGCCGAGUUUUUGCUGUCUUCAGGGCUUGUGUUUAAGGGGACUUGGGCAUUGCAAGCUGGGUUGACUUUGUAUACAGAUUCAUUUGCAUUGUUGAGGUGUGAGAAAAUUUCAUUGUCUUCAUUGUCUCCAGCUCAGGGUAAUAGCAAUACUGAUGUGAAGUGCGAGCUUGAGGCGGAUAGGCUGAGGGGUAUUGCUUUGAUGAAUCUGUUGUUUGUUGGACAUGCAAUGGGGAUCGUAAUUGUGAGUUUUGUGUUGUUUGGGUUAUUACGUCGCAAUCAGAAAUUGAGGUUCGGAGAGGCAAAUGGGCCAUUGCUGGCACGGAUUGAAUCAGAGACUGUGCUGAUGCCUGCAGUUCCUGUAUUUGAGUUAGAGUGA